AUGAUAUCCGUGGUCAUCCUCUUUUCUGACAUCUAUGGCCUUAGUUCUACCAUUGCGUCAUUGAAUGAACGUAGCAAAAGCAUCGAAACACACUUUAAAGAGGAAUUCAAAGACAUAAAAUCCAGGCUGCAGGCUUUGGAUAAUGAUCGUAUCGAGUUGGCUAGUGUGGUAGGGUGCAAAGGCUCCGAAUGGUAUGGGACAGAAGUCGAUUUUGCAAUGAAGCGUUUUCUCGAGUAUACCGGGUCACUCUGUGACUCACCUCCAGCAUCGUUUCCUGGAUCACCAGUUCAACGUUCGUCCGAAGACUGCGAUGAGCUUGAUACACAACAAGCGUUACCAGAUACAUCAGUAUCACGCCGAGUCAACGACAACAACAGCACAGUACCAAUCACAGGAAAGAAGAAUAUGGGAUUGUUUAGUGAAACAAACCCUCCCGCGCUUGGUAUCUAUUCAUUCAACCCCGAUUUACUAACGGUUGAAGGAAGGAUGCCAAAGUGGAUGGAAGAUUUGAUAUCGGGACCGAAAGAUACAUUCAUUGAUUCAGAGUCUGAGAAUCCUUCCAACACCGAAGCUCGUCUGACGACACCAGGUGCAACCAUAAAUCCGAGGCAGUGGGGGAGACCAAUCAUCAACGCACAAUGCUUCUUAUCCCAAAUUCUGCCGCGAGGUCAUGAAUCACAAUAA